AUGGGCCAGGGCGCCUCAUCGACGCGAUGUCCAAUCCCCGGAGCUUUACAACCGCAGCCGUCUUCUCCAUCCGGCCACGACAUGGCACCCUCCGGUACUAGGGACAUUGAGCCUUCCUAUUCAUCGGGCGCUAUCGGUAGUACCUUUCCCCAUUCACGCCGCCGCUCAUUCUCACCCGAUCCCGACAGCGUUGACUCUCGAAGAAGCAGCCGAAUCCGACGACGCAUUUCAAGAUUUGUAUCCUCUAGCAUUUCGACCGAUCAUGUUUCCCUUAGGGACAGCACACCUCCAUCCAGUACAGCCAAUGAUGACCCGCCUCCAGAAAACUCGACAGCACCACCACGUGUGAGGCUUUCACGCAUACGGCCUAGUCUUCUCCACAGGCGGAGGUCCAUUAAUACAAACCCCACCGAAAAUACCAGGCGCGACAGGCCUUUUUCAAUGAUCGGCUCACGAAUAGGGUCCGUCCCGUUUUCUCCAUCGCGGCAAACGGGUUCUUUGGACCUUUCCCAUUCUCAUCCCAUGCGAGCACAUGAGACACAAGAACCGGAUCUCGAUGUACUCCACGAACCCUCACUAAACUAUCGACUUCCCGCCGAAAAUGCGGGUGGCCUAUCUCAAUCCGGUGGCCAUCCCACGGGAAGGGACGCAUUUGAUGGAAUAUAUGAUGCGAGACGAAACAUGGUUGGCGGCCGUCACCUCAGGCCUCUCAGAAUCAACCCUGAGAUGGACAGCCCUGAAGCUACAACUUCAGAGAACUUCCCUAUACCUGAACCAACAAUCCCUUCCCACUUCCCAAGCUCAAGCCAAACCCGAUCGAACCUUCACAGAGGCCCUCGCGAUUCCCGUGGGAGCACUUCAUCCAAUUCCUCGCGCCUCGGCCGAUCAGGGGAGGACCAGGCCGCCGUGCUUUCGAGGCUGCUAUCAGUCGCAGCUGCAGCGACCGCCGCUUCCUUGGUUGGUAGCAACAACAGCAAUGCUUUCUCGGAUGCUAGGGACGUUUCUGGUGAUAGUGUUGAUGGUAGCUUCGAAUCCUUCCUUCGGGCUCUACAAAAUGGCCGACUAGCAUCGGCACUUAGAAACGGCGGGGGGUCUACGGAUUCGCUGGGGACAGAUACCUCAGACGACAUCAUAUCAACUGGAUCUAUCGGCCCUUUGAAUUUCUUUCGGAUGUUUCGAUUCGGACCUACCUCAGAUGCGCCUAUCUCCCCUACAGCGUCACCAGAUCAAACGAUCCGGAUGAUCCCGGUGAUAAUAGUAGGGAUACGAUCGGUUAAUCCUCGUGAAGCCAACACACGCGAAGGCCGCCCUUCACCGCCAUUCCUAGACGCAUUAUCGUCGUCGUCGUCAUCAUUUGGAGACGAAGUUGUUCCGUUGCAGGGAAGAAUUGGUAACCAGCCUUUUACAUCCCCGUCAGUCGAAAACGCCAGCGAAAAUGACAACUAUGUCGUUGGUUUAACGGGCUCAUCCUCAGUACCGCCUGCCGAGCCGCUCGGCCGCAGAGACUCUCGGUCCUUACGACAACGAGAACACCUUAGUAACCCCUCCCCUGAUAUGUCUGCUGUGGCCAAUGAAGGCUCCGAAUGGACCACAAACAGCGCAUCUUCCAAUGAAUCUCAGCGAUAUUCCCCUUCGCAGCUUUCCAAUCACAAUUCCCGAUCAACAAGUCCUGAUUCAUCUCGCCACCAAAAUGAGGGGACCCGAAGCUGGAUAAUAUAUGUAUUGGGCGGAAGCUAUCCAGAAAACCAUCCUAUCCUGACAACGCCAUCGUUGUUCACCGAUACUCCGACCUACGAGGACAUGAUGCUACUCUCGUCCUUGAUCGCACCAGUGAAGCCCCCGGUUGCUUCAAGAGAAGAUGUUGAAUCAGCAGGGGGGCUUUUUGCGGUGCGCCUCGAAGGAACUUUAGCCGGACACACUGGCGAGGGUGCCACAGUUAUUCAGCUGAAUCCUGGCGAGAGAUGCCUCGUUUGCUUGAGCGAUUUCGAAAAUGACGAGAUAUGUCGGCAAUUAGCUCAAUGCCACCAUAUAUUUCACAAGGAUUGUAUUGACGAGUGGCUCACCACGGGGCGUAAUUCAUGUCCCCUGUGUCGUAGUAAGGGUGUGGAGGAGGGCACAAACGACGCUGAGGCUUCUGGGGUUUCUGGAGAGGAGUCGGCUACUACUACCGCAUAA